AUGGCGUGCGUCGCGAGCGCGUCGCCGCGGCCGAUCCUUCGACCGCGCGUCGCGGCGACGCGCCCGACGACGCGCCCGCCGACGAAGACGACGACCUUCGCGUCUUCGUCGCCGUCGUCCGCCGCAUUCGACGGCGGCGUCUCGGCGCGCCGUCGUCUUCCGCGCGGCGCGUCCACGAUCGCCGCCGCGCGCGGUGGCGGCCGCGCCGCCGGCCGCGGCGGCGGCGGCCGAGGCGGCCGCAAGUCCACCGGCGGCGCGGUGAAGCGAUAUAAGAAGGAGGCGUCGAGGGCGAUCGAUCUCGAGGAGGAAGCUCUCGCGUUGGAGCUCGAAGCCGACGCCGCGCGCGUGACGUCGCCGUCUUCCUCUUCCUCCAACCCCCCCCGCGCGGCGCGCGGCGCGAAAGAGAAGCGAGGCGGAUCCGGCUCGCGCGGCACGAACGUCUUUCCCGCGUCCAUGGAUCGCCCCACGACCGUCGGCGAGCAGCUCCAGUUCGAGCGCAAGGGCCACUGCGUCUUGCGCGGGGUCCUCUCCCGCGAGGAAGCGGCUGGGAUGAUAACGGAGCUGAUGCACGAGACAAAGGCGCGGACGCUGCAAGCGUACAGACACCGCGUAGCGGUUCUCGUCCCGGGGUACGACGUGAGCUCGAUAACGUCUGUAGACGACGCGUUACGCGUCCUUGAGCACGAGACCGACGAGGAGAUUGGGUUUCUUCAGACGUUCAACCUGCACCGACCGGACCCGGACGACGUCUCGGGGAGGGAGCCUGCGGCGGCGAAGUUCAUCCUGUCGCGGAGACUCGCGCGCGUGGCGUACGAGCUCCUGGACGCGCGCGAGGGGGACAAAGUGCGCCUGUAUCAGUCGUGCGUGUUCGCGAAACCCCCCGGGUUCGCGGCGACGCACUGGCAUAGCGACGGGAACAUGGUCCCGUUGGACACGAACAAGUUCAUCACGCUCUGGAUGCCGCUCCGCGAUCUCGACGAGGACGACGCCGCGCUCGUGUUUGCGUCCGGGUCGCACCGUGAUUUCUCCCUCCCGUACUGGCACUCGCUCGAGGGAAUGUCUGACCUCAGCGGUCGCGGGUACGAGGUCGAAUCCUACGACCCGCUGUGUAUAGGCGACGCGACCGCGCACUCGGGUUGGACGCUGCACUGGUCGCCGCCGCAGCCGGAGGACAGAGAGACGCGCUACGCGUUGUCCGUGUGUUACUUCCUCGACGGCGCGCGUCGUCUCGGGAUCGGCGGCGCGGAGUCGCUUCGACAGACGCCGCACGGCGAGGACGAGUGGUCGUGGCGGGAGUGGAUCGACGACGUCGACGAGGGCAAGGCGGCGCGGCACCCGGCGCUGCCGGUGGUGUACCCUUGAUCGAUGAGUGAACCUCCGCGCGCUGCGUCGCGCUGGACAUGGAUCGCCCCAAUUUCGAGCGCGCGGCGCGACGCGUAUCUCGACGCGUUCACGUCGGGAGGCGCACGGGAUCUGGCGCUCCGCGCAUUCGCGCGCGCGUCGUCGAGCUCGACGCAGACGGCGAGCGACAAGCGGUGUGGGUAUAGUUCAUAUAUGUACAUCAAGCGGCGGCUCGCAGCUAUAGCGUUAGGCUAAUAUCAACAAUAAAUAUGAUCA